AGGACACAGGGGAGCUUUGUGCCCUAAGCAAGGACUCGCCAGUGCUCCUCCAUCUCUCCAUCCUCCCACGUUCCGGGAUCAUGCACGGGCUCCUCUUCGGUACUCUGCUCAUUACUGGACUAGCACAGCUCUGCUGCAGGACGCAGGGCACUGUGUCACCAGACACGACCCCUGGAGGAGGGGCUGGAGAAGCAUCACAAGUGCGUCACCGUAAACAAGUUUGUCACUGGCCCUGCAAAUGUCCUGCUCGGAAGCCCAGUUGUCCUCCUGGAGUGAGCUUGGUGAGGGAUGGCUGUGGAUGCUGCAAAAUCUGCGCCAAGCAACGAGGAGACAUGUGUAACGAAGCCGACCUCUGUGACCCCCACAAAGGGUUGUACUGUGACUACUCAGCCGACACACCUAGGUACGAGACGGGAGUGUGUGCACAUCUUGUGGCUGUUGGAUGUGAGUUCAACAGGGUCCAUUAUCAGAAUGGUCAAGUAUUUCAGCCGCAUCCACUGUUCAGUUGCCUCUGUGUGGGUGGUGCAAUUGGAUGCACACCCCUCUUCAUACCCAGGCUGGCUGGCAGCAACUGUUCUGCAGCUGAAGAUGUAAGGAGAUCUGGUACAACCAACUGUAGCCCGGGACCACUGCAACAGGGGCGCGCGGCAGGCUACAGAGCAGUACCAGCUUACAGGAACCUUCCGCUUACUUGGAAAAAAAAAUGCCUUGUGCAAGCAACCAAGUGGACUCCCUGCUCCAGAACAUGUGGAAUGGGGAUUUCUAACAGGGUAACCAAUGAAAACAGCAACUGUGAAAUGAGGAGAGAGAAGAGGCUAUGCUAUAUUCACCCCUGCAACAGUAAUAUAUCAAAGGCUGUGAAGAUCCCCAGAGGAAAAACCUGUCAACCCACUUUCCAGCUCUCCAAAGCUGAAAAGUUUGUCUUUUCUGGAUGCUCAAGUACGCAGAGUUACAGACCCAUUUUCUGUGGACUAUGCCUGGACAAGAGAUGCUGUGUUCCCAACAAGUCUAAAAUGAUUACGGUCCAGUUUGACUGCCCCAGUGAAGGGUCAUUUCAGUGGCGGAUGCUCUGGGUCACAUCCUGUGUGUGUCAGAGAGACUGCAGAGAACCAGGAGAUACAUUUUCUGAGCUCAGGAUUCUAUAGAGCCAAACACAGGCAGGAAAGUUGAAGGCCAAGUCAUUCAUGUCAUAGAAUCAAAAAACUAGAGUGGCUAUAAAAGAUUGAAGAUUUUAUUUAAUGGAUUUAAAACAGAAAGAAUGAGUCAUUCUUCAGUUGCUAUAUUUGUAACAUCAGAAGUUUCUAAAAAAUAUUCUAAUAAAACAAAAAUGAAUGCCUGAAAAAUUUUAAAUACAACUAAUUUCUUGAGCAUAUCCCUAUAAUUAUGUAAUAUACACACAGAUACCAUAUAAGGAUUUCACAUAUAAUGGAAAAAAAAAAAACAAUUUAUAAGAAAACAUUUUCUAUAGAUAUAGAAAGACAUAAUUUAAAUUUUAUCCUGUACUUGGCAAUGCAGUCCAUCAGAUCCUAUCACAUGAUAAUUAGAAGGAAAGCAAGAUUCUUUAUUUUAUUUUUUUUGGUUUUCCAAGACAGGGUUUCUCUGUGUAGUCUUGGUGACUGUCCUGGAACUCGGGCUGGCCUCAAACUCACAGAGAGGCUCUGCCUACCGAGUAAUGGGAUUAAAGGCGUGUGCCACCACUGCCUGGCUAGAUUCUUAAAGAUGAUACUAUAAAUGUAUCUAUAGUCUUCAUUGCCACGUUCUGAGUAUCAGUUAAGAUUCUUCUAGGAAGGAGAAAAUGGAAUGUCUGUGACUACUGUUAAUAACUGUAUAUUGCAAUUUUUAAACCAAAUACUAUAAAAAAACUAAAUUACCAAUAUAAAACCAAAAUUAGAAUACUUAUUUAGCAAAAGAAACAUAAAAUAUUAAUAAACAAAGCAUACAAUAGAUUCUUUUUUUCUUGAAUUUUUUCCCAAAAAUUAUUUCCUUGAAGGAUUAAACCAACCAAUGGAUCAGAACUAUAAAUUGUAACUAAAAACAACAUAAAAGAUUCCAAAGAUUAUGGAGACUUGAAUAAUUUCCAUAGAUAAAGACCAUUUACUACCAAAUUCAGAUGACGAUAGCAAGCCUAGCAUGUUCUGCUCGGUGUACAAAUGGUGAUGUGAUAAACAUUUGCCUUUAAAUUUUUCAUUUUAAACGUGACUAGAUGUCUAAGUUGUGAUUCUCUUGAAUACAAACAUAUUAUUACUCAAACAGCAAAUCAGUCUUUUCAGUUUUAAUAAAAACUACCCCCAAAAGUCCACAGACAUCAUACACUGUGCUCUUCCAUUCCUAGGACCUCCUUUUCCAGCAUUUAAACAGAGUAUGAAAACAUAAAGCAUAAAUAUAAAAAGAUAUGUACAGUCUUUCCUGAGGCGUUCACAGUGUGCAAAGGUCUGCAGAAGGAAGCCAUGAGUAAAGCAAGGCGAUGGGAACCACUCUUUCACUCUACAUUGGCUCUCACUGUGUAGCCCAGGCUGGACCAUGCAGUUCUCCUGCAUGUCAGACACACUAGGAUUACAUGUGUGUAUCACCAUGCCAGGCUCUCUCUUAAUUUCGACAAAUUGCUAGAAGUGAUCCCACACAUUGGUAUAAAAAAAUUAUAAUAAAAUAGAAACCAUUGUUUUAGAUAAAAUACUUCCUGAUACUG